UUUUGGUUUCCUGCGCAGCAGCUCCGAUUUCUGGCCCGUCGAGUCUGGUUCCCACUUGCCCUGCGGCGCAGGGCUGUCUGCUCGAUCUGGCCUUCGACGCUGAGUUGGCUGGCUGGCUCCCGCCCUUUCGAAUCCUCCCCCUGCCUCUCGGCUUCGCUGGGUCGCUCGGGUAGGCUCGGCACCUGAAGGCGACAGAGAAGGAGGAGGAAGCCGCGCAGAACCUUCAACUACCCCGGUUCUGCCCCUGGGACUCGGCGAGAAGUAAGCGACCGGCCACCUUCGCUGCAGCUCCCUGACGCUUUGUAUCCCUGCUGAAGCCUCAGCCGAGAGCUUUCUGCAGCCAUGGUGAAAGUGUCGUUUAACUCGGCCUUGGCGCAGAAAGACGCAUCCAAGAAGGAGGAGGAAGAAGAAGGGGGGCAGAAUGAAAAAAACAGCUGCAGCAACCAAGUGCUCAUCUUGUCCCCAGACACAAAGGAUCCAGCAGAAGUGGUGCCUCUUGGUCAAAGAAGAGCUUGGUGCUGGUGUAUGUGUUUUGGAUUAGCUUUUAUGCUUGCUGUUGUAAUCCUUGGCGGUGCCUAUCUGUACAAGUAUUUUCAAAUUCAGGAAAAUGUUUACUUCUGUGGAAUUAAGUAUCUUGAGGAUGGCUUAACCCUAACUGACUCCGAUACAAUUGCUUCAGCUCCUCGUUAUCAAAUAAUUGAAGAGAGCAUCCAGAUCCUUCAGGAGGAGGAUGUUGAGUUCAUUAGUGUGCCAGUUCCAGAAUUUGCUGACAAUGAUCCAGCUGAUAUUGUCCAUGAUUUUCAGAGGGCUGGAACAUAUUUGCCACAGUCAUACUUGAUUCAUGAGCAGAUGAUAGUCACUGAUCGUAUUGAAAAUGUGGAUCAACUAGGUUUUUUCAUUUAUCGCCUUUGUCGUGAUAAAGAGACUUACAAAUUGCAGCGCAAGGAAGCACUGAAAGGCAUUCACAAGCGUGAAGCAGGUAAUUGCCGGAUAAUUCGACAUUUUGAGAACAGAUUUGUGAUGGAAACGCUUAUUUGCGAAGAAUAAUAAGGAAUGCUACUGUAACAGAAAAUUAAAAAGAUAUUUCCAUUUAUCAUUUCUAUUAUGUGCAGUGAUUUCUUUUUAUAAUCAUUUAUUAAAGAAUAGACAAGGUUGUACAGCUGAAUCUAAUUACUUAAUCUCAUGAAACAUCUUUGUCAUAUUUUGAAGUAUAAUGUUAUUUUUGAUGUUGGAAUAGAAGAAGCUGUAUAUUGUUAAUGUAUUUCACAUAAUAAAUCCUGAACUAUCAGGAGGUAAACUGUGCAUCCAAUAUUACCAAAAAUUUAUAUAAAAUAAUUCUAGUUAAAAGUUAAAAAAUGUAUAGAUCAGUUGCAACUUUUGAGGUGUAUUAGUACUAUUAUUGAUUAACGCUCAUUAAGAAACAUUUUAUAAUAAAGCUGGAAUUUGCUGUGUUUCCAGUGACAUUUAAAUUCACUUCGAAUUGGCUGUGCUAAUAUAGGUGUCUAUUGUACAAACUUUAGCAGUAAUUUCAUGUUACUGACCUGUAUAUAAGCUAUAUGUAUGCAAAAGAAAAUAAAUACAAAUCUCUUUGUGUAAA